AUGGGAGUGACUAAUCUGUGGCAAAUCCUUGAGCCUGUGAGACAACCUGUCAGCUUGAGCAGUCUCAAAGGAAAAACUCUUGCUGUUGAUUUAAGUCUGUGGGUUUGUGAAGCACAGACUGUUAAAAAGAUGAUUGGCGUAGUUAACAAGCCACAUCUGAGAAACCUAUUUUUUCGGUUCUCUUUCUUAACAUCAAUGGGAAUUAAGCUAGUGUUUGUCAUGGAAGGAGAGGCCCCCAAGUUGAAAGCAGACACCAUGAGUAAGAGGAACGAGAUGCGCUAUGGACCUUUGAAGAAAGUUGGAGCUGCAAGAACAGGGAGAUCUUUAUUUAAAGCCAUUUUAAAAGAGUGUCUUGAACUGCUGGAGUGUUUAGGUGUCCCUUGGGUUCAAGCAGCCGGGGAAGCAGAGGCAAUGUGUGCCUACCUAAAUGCAAAAGGACACGUUGAUGGCUGCAUUACCAAUGAUGGAGAUGUCUUCUUGUAUGGAGCUCAAACAGUUUAUAGGAACUUUGCCAUGAAUGCUAAGGAUCCACAUCUUGACUGUUACACAAUGUCCUCUAUUGAGGAGAAGCUUGGUUGUGACAGAGAGUCUUUAAUUGGGCUAGCUGUUCUUCUGGGUUGUGAUUAUCUUCCAAAGGUAAGCAAUAUAAUUAUUUUUUACUAG